AACAGCUGGUAAACAAGAAUCCUGACUGAAGUAAGCAGUUCUGUGGUGUUCUUGGUCACACAUUUAUGGAGUUUCUGAAGGGCAGUGGAGACUAUUGCCAGGCACAGCACGACCUCUAUGCAGACAAGUGAACUUGUAGAAAUUCAUUACUACUCCACCAAGAAGCCCCCUUAAGAGCGGUUAACCUGGACACAAAGUGUUGAUUUGAAAUUGGCAGAGCAUUUUACAAGAGUUCUGACCUGGAUGGGGUAAACCUCAGUGCACUGCCUUUCUUUUGCCUCAGUAUUACUGGAUUGAAGAAUUGCUGCUUCUUGUUAGGAGGUUCAUUUCAUUUCCCAUUGCUCUCAACUUCAUACUUAAAGCACUGAGAAUUUCAAGUGGAGUAUAGUGAAGGAGACUUCAGUUUCUUUACAUCACUUCUGUAUUCAAAUUUUUAAUCCUUUCAUAACUUUAUUGAGUGUUUUUUAACUAAAUUGACAUGGCUCGAAUGAACCGCCCAGCUCCUGUGGAAAUCACCUACAAGAACAUGAGUUUCCUUAUUACACACAAUCCAACCAAUGUAACCUUAAACAAAUUUAUAGAGGAACUUAAGAAGUAUGGAGUUACCACAGUUGUAAGAGUAUGUGAAGCUACUUAUGACACAGCCCUUGUGGAAAAAGAAGGCAUCCAGGUUCUGGAUUGGCCUUUUGAUGACGGAGCACCACCAUCCAACCAGAUUGUUGAUGACUGGCUAAACCUGGUGAAAACUAAAUAUCGUGAAGAGCCUGGUGGUUGCAUUGCUGUUCACUGCGUUGCAGGUCUUGGGAGAGCUCCAGUGCUCAUUGCCCUUGCACUAAUCGAAGGAGGAAUAAAGUACGAAGAUGCAGUGCAGUUCAUAAGAUAAAAACGUCGUGGAGCCUUUAACAGCAAGCAACUUCUUUACUUGGAGAAGUAUCGUCCUAAAAUGCGGCUGUGCUUCAAAGACUCAAAUGGUCACAGAAACACCUGUAGCAUUCAGUAAAGCUGAGCUGCCUAUA